AUGGGUGCGUGGGCAGUGCGCGGGUCGUGGAGGGAGAGGGGGGAUGCAAGGAUUCUCCACCGGCCUACCCGAACGUCUUCAACUAGCCUUACUCCGCUCCCUACCCGGCUUGGAGCGCUGUGCCAUGCUGAGACCCGCAUACGCUGUGGAGGAUUCUCCACUGGCCUGCCCGAACGUCUUCAACUAGCCCUGCUGCGCUCUCUCCCUGGUUUGGAGCGCUGUGCCAUGCUGAGGCCUGCAUACGCUGUGGAGUAUGACUACCUGCCCGCCUACCAGUGCCAGCGCACACUCAUGACGAAGAAAAUUGAAGGGCUGUUCUUCAGCGGUCAGAUCAAUGGCACGACUGGAUACGAGGAGGCUGCUGCGCAGGGGUUAAUCGCAGGGAUCAACGCGGCCAGGCUGGCGGACGGGAAGCCGCUGAUUGCGCUGGAGAGGGAGAGCAGCUACAUCGGCACACUGAUCGAUGAUUUGGUGACCAAGGAUUUGAGGGAGCCUUACCGCAUGCUCACCAGCCGAUCGGAGUUCCGGCUGCUGCUGCGGUCAGACAAUGCAGAUGUACGGCUGACCCCCAUGGGGCGCGAGAUCGGGCUAAUUGACGACCGCCGGUGGGGCAUGUAUGUGGCGAGGCAGGCGAGGAUGGACGCUGAGAAGGAGAGGCUCAAGCGAUACAAGCUGGCAGCCUCACACCCGGCUAUCCCAGCAAUAGAGGAGCUGUCAGGCGCAGUGCGGCACGGCACAACGCUGGAUCAAAUCCUCCGCCGCCCGCACGUCACCUACCGCCUCUUUAGAGACCACAGCCUCAUGGGCGCCCCUUCUCCCCUCUCCUCCUCCUCCGGCUCUGCCUCUGGCUCGGAAGCAGAAAGUGAUUCAGAAAGUGGUGCGGAAGGUGGUUCGGAAGGUGGUUCGGAGGCGGUGGGGGAGUGGGGGGAGGGAGGGGCGGUGGUGUCGGCAUGGGAGGCGGAGUGUGUGGAGGUGGAGUUGAAGUACGAGGGGUUCAUUCAGAGGCAGAAGCAGCAGCUGGAGCAGGUGAUCGCCAAGGAGCACCGCCGCAUUCCCGAGGACAUUGACUUCGAUUCGAUUGCCACCGUCUCCAAGGAGGCCCGUGAAAAGCUCUCCAAGAUCCGGCCAGCCACCAUUGGGCAAGCAUCUAGACUGGGCGGAGUCAACCCUGCUGACAUCACGGCUCUGCUCAUUUUCCUGGAACCUGUUGAAGAUUUGGAGAGCGUCCUUUCCGGUCUUGGGGCGAAGCUUGAUUCGAAAGACUGGAUCGUGGUUUGCGAGGGGCUUAUCGAACUCCGGAGGGUUGCGAAGUUCAACAGCGAACGCCUUAACGAACGACUUGAAUCCUAUUAUGAUUCAAUGUUGAAGUCUCUGAAGAAUCCCAGAAGUGUUCUCAGAAAGACUUUAUGGAUGACUUUUGAGGACCUGUUUAGAUUCAACACGACGUGCAUGGAAGGGUCGCUUGAAUCCUUGAUGCAACCGUUGCUUAUUCAAGCUUCGCAAGAUAAUAAGUUCAUGGUUGAAGCCGUCGACCGUGCUCUUUCCACAAUGACAUCAACUCUCAAUCCGGAAGUCACCUUUAAAGCAGUCCACCCGUGCAUCGCUCAUAAGAGUCCGAGAGUCCGGUCAAAGGCUAUGAUUUACGCCUACCAAGCGGCAGUGCGUCUGAAUACGGAUCAGGUCAAGGUUAUUGGACUGGAUGUGCUUCUAAAGAUUGCCGCAACUCAGAUGAAGGACCAGGCCCCAGAGGGACGGGAAGCAGCUCGGAAGCUUGCAGUGUACCUUCAUUCCUUAUAUGUUGCUAUGGAAGAUGCUGCUGCGGAGAGCCAGGAGACAUCCGAACCAUGGGAGGGAUAUUGCAGCAAAAGGCUUUCAUCGACAGAUGCUGCAGCUGUGCUCAAGGUUUCAGAUGGUUUGUGUUUCAUGGCGUUUGGCGAGGAAAUGGGUAGUCCCUCGCGCGUUCCACGGGACUCGGAGGAACAGGCACAGCUACCUGUGUGCGACCCGAACCCGUGUCCAGCGACAAUAAACGAGCGAGAGUUAGGGGAUGAGGAUAUAGAGGCUUGGGAAGAACAGUACGAGGGUGUGGACGACGAGGAUUCUCCAUUUAGUUCAACUUGUUCAUUCUUAGAACCAGGACAGGCGUUUGUGGGGACGCAGAACGUGUCGUCCUCAUCUUCCCCGGGCGACUCUUCUCCGCCGUUAUCAGGCAUGGAGCGGGAUGAGGCUUGGCGGGUGACGGUGCGCAUCCAACAGUGCGACAUGCGGAGAGGGUACUUGUGCGGAUCCAUGGAGGCUCUUAACGUUCCUUCCACUGACACCUCGGUGAGGGGACGUGACGUGGCUUGA